CUGUGACAAAACAGAAUUGGGGGACUCACAUGAACAUCCUCUUCGACAUCCAGUUUGACAAUGGACGAUAUUUGGAGAAUUUCAGAUACCAAGAAGGCGAAGCUAGAAUGCCAACAGCAGCAGUGCGACCACCAUUGCUUCAUGGAAUAGGCAAAAUUAAGAGUUUUGAUGACUAAUGAAUAUGAUCCUCAUCCUUUUUUGAGUAUUUUCAUAUCUUUUAUUUUAGAUACUAAGGGUAUGGCUCGACCAAUACUGAUAUGAGUUGGCUGCUUCUACUUAUAAAGAUCUUUCUUCUAGUUAGGAGGUCUGCUCCACCACAACAAAUAUGAUUGAAAAAGUCCUUUCUCUUUCAUCCGGUUGCAAGCAAUAAAUCUCGAUGCUUCUGGUGCUUUUGAAUUUGUAUCUAAGUAAAGGCUCCUCUAUCAAAGAAGUGAGUGCUUGCUUAACUCUACUAAUAAACCGGUGAAGAUGCUGGCUGGAAAAACGCCAGGAUAUGACGGUACCAGAGACGCACUAGGACGCAUCGAUGCACACUAUGCGCGAAACUCUCAGGAGCUGCAAUCUUCAAGAGGACUUGGAAGGAUCUACGAGUAUCUUGUUACUUCGCUGCACGACGAUAAGAAGUAUUACAUCGGCACAGACGAUCUGAGCAAACUUCCUGCAUG